GAGCCACGCCUCGGCCCCGGCAGCCUCGGUGUUGGGUUUUGCUCUGGCUGUUCUCCUUUCUUGCCUGGGGACUUCCCUGGACAAAGGGGCCCUUCACAGCCCUCCCUGCGGAAGCCACGCCCGGCUUCUUCCAAACGCCGUUUUCGGGGAUGGGCCCCGAGCGUGGUCUGGGAAUGGGAGCCUUGCUCCGGAGGCGCCAGACAGGGAGGUCGAGGGGUUUAGUCCCUCGUUCUCUGUGAAUGUGUAUUUCGGAACCUCCCCUUCGCCAAGAAUACUCAUUUCUGUCUAUGCCUGAGCCAUGGAGAGAUGAAUGACAGGAUAGCGCUGGCUGUCUAUUUGGGGAAGGGUCCCAUCUUCCCUCCCCCUCCCGGUGACACCCUUCUCCAGGCUGUCAGGGUUCGGGGCGUUGUAGUACUGGGAGUCUGGGUCCGAAGUCCCCGGGCCCCCCGUUCAUGUGAUCAGCCUGCGAGUAGGGGGGGUCGUUCUCUCUUACUUUCCCUUUUGCUGAAGUUGUUUCCACUGACCAGGUCUGAGCAAUCAGUUCUGAGAAAUAUGCGGAGUGUGAUGGACCAAGGUGACCAGCUUCCUGGAGCCUUUUCUCAUUUCCAGGGAAAGGGCCCGCUGGCGUGGCUGUGCUACUGGGGCCCUCUCCCCUUGCCAAGUGCCCCUGCUUUCUCCUCUCUGCUUUCCCUGGUGCCCGGCGCAGAGUGGCUCUCAUGCAGUGCACUGUUGUGACCCUGAGGACGGAUUGUAGCCUUUCCUUUACUUCACCCCCAGGCCUUUUGGGGAAGAGCUUCAGAACACCAGCAGCCUGGGUUUGCAGAAUCUCUGGGGCCACGUCAAUGUGGGCAGAUCCUGUGGGGCAGGUCCUCAUUCACUAGUUGAAAAAACACCUAGACCAUGUCACUUCCCCUCUUGAAUUCUGCAGUGGCUUCCUGUUGCAUAACGAAUAAAGCCCAGGCUCCUCGCCUCGGCCGGCCCGGCUCCUGACUGCUGUGCUGUGGUCACACCUGUGUACCACCACGCUAGCUUUCUUUCUCUUCCUUAAACUUGCACACUGGUUCCUCCUCACAGCCCUGGUUCUUGCUGCUUCCUCUGCCUGGAGCGCCCUUCUACAUCCUCCUAGGGGGCCCCCAAACUUCCUUUCUCAUGUCUGAUGUUGUCUUCUUGGAGAGGCCUUUCUUGGUUCCUGGGUCCCCAGCUGCAGUCACAUUCUUCCAUUUCCCUGUUUGACUUCCUUCGGACACACGCCAGACACCCUCACUGGUUUUCUUGUCCCCUUUCUGUCUUCCCCAGAAAGGGUGGGGUGAGCCCCAUCUUUGUCCCUGGAGCAGGACUGUUACGUUGCUCCGAUGAAGGAUGGACUGAGGGAUACAGAAAAAAGCAGUAGAGGAUAUCAGAGGAAGGCGUGGCCUCUGGUUUGGUGGGUCGUAAAAAGGUUCGCACGCAGAGUGGGUGCGUUGGCCUGGGCCCUGGAGCCAGGCGGAGCGGGGACCAGCCACAACACCACCUCUCCACACUUGGGCUUCCUCCCGAUUCCCCCAGGGGGUUCUUCCCCCAAUACUGGUGCGCCUUUGCUCACUUUGCACACCGCUUCACUGCACCUGACCGUACAUUAGUGGUGAUAUGUGUGUUCCUUGGUGUCUUCCAUCAGAAAGUAUGUUCCACGGGCAGGGCUUCCUAGCUGCAUUGCCAUCACCAGCAAGCAGCAGCUUCUCCAUGUGUGUUUUUGGAAAGAGUGAAUUAUAAGGUGCUCAGUGUUCAUACACACUGCCUGAGCCGUAGGCCUGCACGAGCCAGCACACCAUUUUUUUUUCCUCAUGUUGGUUUGAAAGAAGAGUGGGAUUUGAUUGAAUGUGUGGUGAGCCUCUGACCUGGGAAUACUCAAGAAAAUGACUUAGGCUGGGGCAGGGUGGAGGGGAAUGAAGUCAGAGGGCAGGUGGCAGGCACGGAGCUCGGCUUUUGUUAGCUGCUGCAUCCUUUCUUGGACGAGCUGAGCUGAGCAGCCAUCUCUGGGCCCUGCUGCUUGUCCAGUGUCCCUGUCUUCAGCAGCCGGAGCUUUGUGGCCUUUAAGAAGAGGAGGAAGGCUGGGCAGGACUCCGGCCACCAGAGUCCGGCUGUCCGCAUCUCCCAAGUCUGUUUCCCCCCGUUUUUCUGAGUGUUUCUCUCCUUCUGUAUUUUCUCUCCUUUCUCGGAAAGCAGGGGUUCUUCCCCGGCAGCCCGUCCUCCCCUCCGGCCAGAUCUCUGGGUCUGUGUACAAUUUCUUCUGACUUUCCCAGGCUUACGUAACUCUGCCCAGUGGCGGUAGCGAGGCCCUGGGGAGGCUGAGUUGAUGUUGACACUGUCGACCCUGGAGCGCCUCCUGCUGUGUCUCCGGAGCACGGGGAGAUGACGCACCACACAGGGUCUUACCUUUGACUUGCCCUCCAGUGGGUUAACCCCUUCACCUUGUGGCCUUCCAGCACUCUCUGUAGCUGAGCUCCCGUAGAGUCGGUGCUGGCGGCAGGGGCUUUGUGUGGACCGCAGGAAAGCCACCUCUUCCAGAAUGUUCUUUUUCAGCACCCUUUGUUCUGGUCAAGGGACUGUCCCCGGCCUGGAUUUAAUCAGAUCUAUCAUACUUCUCUCAACCCUUCUGAGGCACAAGUGCACAAGCCCAAGUCUUUGCCAGAAUUCUUAUGAAUAACUAGUCUAACAGGAGAAGAAAGGCGUGGCCUCUCUAGAUACAGAGCUUGCGCAACCAAGGAACCUGUCCUGUGAGGGGCCUGACUCCACGUUGAGUCAUGGCCCCUGUGGCUUGUGAUGCCCUAGGCCACCUAUAAAAGUCUGUGUCUGCUGGAAGAGUCUCGGACCCAGAGACACCUGCUCCGCCAACCCUUCCGUCUGCCCGGAAGACAGCAGGCAGGCACCAGGGCACUGCGCAUCACUAGCAGCGCAGGGGUUCUUCCUGCUUCUGCUGGGGUGCUCUGGUUUCAGGAACGUGCAGGUAUCUUUUGUCGGUUCAAAUUCACAAACCCGGCAGCCAGGCGAGUAUUUCACACAUGAAUGUCUAGAAAGUUGCCAUAAAACGUCACAGCGUAGUUUUCUUCAAAGCGCUCCCCGUCACCAUAGGUUUGUCCAUCACAAGCCGCUCAGGUGAGCUGAGAAGGCUGCCGCCCCGCGAGGCCCAGCAGGCGGCCGGGGUCCUGCCGGCGGAGUUCAUCGCGGGGCCCGCGGCAGCCCGCAGCGCUGCCGUCGGGCUGAGCCCUUUGGGGUGCAGCACGGAGCCCUGGCGGCUACAGUAAGGACAGACGGUGACCCGUGCGCCGGCUACAGGGCUGUCUGUGUUUUGUUUCAGGGCUCUCUUCACCUACGAAGGGAACAGCAAUGACAUACGUGUGGCCGGCACUGGGGACGGGGGCCUGGAGGAGAUGGUGGAGGAGCUGAACAGCGGGAAGGUGAUGUACGCCUUCUGCAGGGUGAAGGACCCCAACUCCGGCCUGCCCAAGUUUGUCCUCGUCAACUGGACCGGCGAGGGUGUGAAUGACGUGCGGAAGGGAGUGUGCGCCAACCACGUCAGCACCAUGGCCAGCUUCCUGAAGGGGGCCCAUGUGACCAUCAACGCCAGGGCCGAGGAGGACGUGGAGCCCGAGUGCAUCAUGCAGAAGGUGGCCAGGGCCUCGGGUGCCAACUACGCCUUCCACAAGGAGAGCGGCCGCUUCCAGGACGCAGGCCCCCAGGCCCCAGUGGGCUCCGUGUACCAGAAAACUAACGCCAUGUCUGAGAUCAAAAGGGUCGGCAAAGACAGCUUCUGGGCCAAAGCCGAGAAGGAGGAGGAGAACCGGCGGCUGGAGGAGAAGCGGCGGGCGGAGGAGGAGCGGCAGCGGCUGGAGCAGGAGCGGCGGGAGCGGGAGCUGCGGGAGGCCGCUCUCCGCGAGCAGCGCUAUCAGGAGCAGGCCGGCCCGCAGAGGAAGAGUGAGCAGCACGAGGUGGCUUCCAGGAGCCGAGAGGGGCAGGAGCCUGUCUGCCAGCAGCCACCACACCCCCGGGAAAUUUUCAAGCAGAAGGAGAGGGCCAUGUCCACCACAUCUAUCUCCAGCCCCCAGCCAGGCAAGCUGAGGAGCCCCUUCCUGCAGAGGCAGCUCACCCAGCCGGAGACCCCUCUCAGCAGAGAGGCGGCCCACGCCCCUUCAAGGCCCCGGGCAGAUCCCCGUGAGGAGCCAGUGCCCAGCGCCCCGCCGUGUCCGGCGCAGGUGGAAGCAGAGGCCGUGUACGAGGAGCCCCCAGAGCAGGAGACCCUCUACGAGGAGCCUCCAGUGGUGCAGCAGCAAGAUGGCAGCUCCGAGCACGUUGACCACUACCCGGGGCUGAGUGGGAAAGGGCUCUGUGCCCGGGCCCUGUAUGACUACCAGGCAGCCGACGAGACCGAGAUCUCCUUUGACCCUGAGAACCUGAUCACGGGCAUCGAGGUGAUCGACGAAGGCUGGUGGCGUGGCUAUGGGCCCGACGGCCACUUUGGCAUGUUCCCUGCUAACUACGUGGAGCUCAUUGAGUGAGGCCCCCCGAGGGCGGCUGCAGCUGCGCGCCGGCCUCGCCCGCGCCCCCCCGGACGUGGUUUCCUCGCUGCUGGAAGCGGUGGCGUGAGGGUUGUAAGCAGCGCUUUUCCGGGAGUGGGACCCCCUGACGAGGACAUGCCCCUGGGCUCCCUCUGGCCUGGGGGACUUCGCCUCUGUUACCCCAAACGCAGCAAUACCUGGUGGCCUCCCGGCGUGCUCCCAGCGGUUUCCCGAGCCCUCCCGACCAGCCUGGCCCUCGCCCCCCAACAGAGGACACUGGCCGCGCCCUGUCCGGGGCCAGCCUCUCAGUGACCUCCGCUCCAGGUGCGCGGCUCUGCUGAGCUGGGCGGUCUGCAGGGGCGUCUGGAGGCCUCCCUCCUUCUGCAUUGGCCCUUUUCUCCUUUUCCUCCUGUCUCUAAGGGGUGGUGGCUGUUAGCGACCCUUGGGGACAGUGAACUUCAGAGUUUAUGACCAAAGUCGGAGUGGGUCGUGACAAUUUGGGACGCAGUCGUUACUCUCUCUGGAUCCUGCUCUGUGCUCCUCGUUUCUCUGUCCCUCUGCCUGGGCCGGGGGCAGUGGAGACGGACGACGGAGUCCCCGUCUGAACACGUGGCGGAAGGAGGCAGAACGCCCACAGACGCGGCGGGGACUUGCACGCGGCUCCCUCCUGUCUGCUGGGCCUGCUGGGUGCUGCUCAGUUGGUCCGGUUCAGGAAAAGUGACCACAGUGGCCUCUUCCUUUUGUCGUCCCUUCUCUCUGCCCCAGCCCACUCGUGUCUGCUUCUGGAGUAAGAAUUGCCCCACACAGGCCCUCGUUCUGAUCUAGCCUGUUGUGGCCUGAGUGCCCCCUUUGGGAACAAGCCCCUUUCUGGGUGUCUUUGGCGGGUGUGGGUGACGUAUGCCCUCAGACCUUUGACCAACCGUUAGCCGCCUGGAAGAGGCAUAAAGGUGAAGAUGUGCCGGAA